UUUAACUUUUUCUGGAGGUUUAUUUUGAAACUCAAACAGGAAAUGCUGCUUUACCUAAAGGUGAACCACUUUACAGCCACAUGAUCAAAGUCUAACUGGCUUCUUUCUGCUGUCUGUGACUACAAGCAGUGCUGCGGUUUUCUAUUGGAUACCAUGAGGGCUGUUUUGACGCCUUGCCCUUAUAUCCUGCUGCUAUUACUCUUGAUGGGGGAAUCGGUGCUUCUACAAGCAAACAUCAAGCCCAGUUUAAUCUUGAUGAUGCUGGAUGAUCUUGGAAUUGGAGACCUAGGCUGUUAUGGCAACACAACCCUAAGGACCACAAACAUUGAUCGUUUGGCAGGGGAAGGAGUGAAGUUGAAUCAUCACAUUGCUGCUGCAAGCCUCUGUACUCCAAGUCGAGCAGCAUUCCUCACGGGACGAUACCCAAUAAGAUCAGGUAUAGUUGGUGAUUCCAGACCAGGUGUCUUUCUGUUCAACGCAGCGUCUGGAGGUCUACCUGCUCAAGAAGUGACCUUUGCUAAGAUUGCCAAACAACAAGGAUAUGAGACUGCUCUUAUAGGAAAAUGGCACCUUGGACUUAACUGUAAGAGCAGUGAUGAUCACUGCCACCACCCUAGUGUCCAUGGCUUUAAUUACUUCUUUGGGAUCCCACUAACCAACAUGAGAGACUGCCAAGCUGGGCAUGGCACUGUUUUCCAAAUCCAGAGAUAUUUACCAUAUGGGACCAUGGCAAUAGUUGUGAUUAGUGCAGUUGUUCUCCACUGCAGCGGCCUAAUCUUUCUGCGCAGAGGGCUUAUCCUGGGCCUGCUGUCAGUGCUGGGCGUGGCCACUCUACUGACGGCGGGAUUUAUCUGCAUCAUUCCAUACUUGAAUUGCAUUCUCCUCAGAGAUCACAGCAUUGUGGAGCAGCCGUUCACUCCUGAAAACCUGACGCAGAAAAUGACCCUUGAAGCAGUGGAAUUCAUCGAGCGGAACUCAGGAAAGCCUUUCCUCUUGUUUCUGUCUUACCUCCAAGUACACACGGCCCUCUUUGCCUCUGCAGCCUUUAGAGGAACCAGCAGUCACGGCAUCUAUGGAGACGCCGUUCAGGAAGUGGACUGGAGUGUUGGCCAGAUCCUGCAGACGCUGGACCGGCUCAGACUUAGAGAAAACACUCUGCUUUAUCUGACUUCAGACCAGGGGGCUCAUCUGGAGGAAGUGUCUGCUGCAGGCGAGGUGCACCGAGGAUAUAAUGGAAUAUAUAAAGCAGGGAAGUCCACUAACUGGGAAGGAGGCAUCAGAGUUCCUGGGAUUCUCAGCUGGUUGGGAACAAUUCCCAGUGGCAGAGAGAUAGAUGAGCCCACCAGCAACAUGGAUCUGUUUCCCACUGUGGUUCAUCUGAGUGGAGGCGUAGUUCCACAGGACAGGAAAAUUGACGGACACAACCUCAUGGAUUUGCUGCAGGGCAAAGCUGAAAGGUCCAACCAUGAAUUUCUGUUCCACUACUGUAACUCCUACCUGAAUGCUGUGAGAUGGCAUCCCAACAACAGCAGCUCGGUGUGGAAAGCUUUUUAUUUCACCCCAGACUUCUACCCAAAGGACAGAACCACCUGUCAACACACACAAGUCUGCCUCUGUUCUCCUGAUUAUGUCACCUCCCACAAUCCUCCCCUUCUCUUUGAUCUCUCUACGGACCCGUCUGAGACGCGGCCGCUGAGCCCGGACACCGAACCGGCGUUCCACUCUGUCCUUGCUGCCAUGGAGCAGGCUGUGGAAGCCCACCAGAGCUCAGUGAGGCCUGUGGAGAGCCAGUUAAGUGCAGGAAACAUGAUGUGGAAGCCCUGGCUGCAGCCCUGCUGCUCCACCAUCGCACAGCUCUGUCGGUGCCAACAGUACCAAUAAACGCUGCUCAGAGGACCAGGCGGUACCGACCAGACCAAAACCUGGAUCCAGCAGACAACCAGGAACAUGAAGGAACUCUUUCAUGGAUUUGGAGGAGAUGAUGAAACAUGUAAAGAUCAUGAUCCUGGAUGUGAAGUCUGCUGGUCAUGUAAUGAUUUCAGUUUACAGUUCCCUGAUUAAAGCUUGAACAACUUA